AUGAAGCGACGCUUCCGAGAUCCUGUUGAACGACAGGAGGCUGUUCAAAUAGCCAGAGAGUUCCUCCUCCAAGACGACCGUCAGUCUUCAAGUAUCAGAGGAUUUGGCAGGGGGUAUCUAUACCAUUACGUCCGCAUCCGUGCCGGCGUCCUUGUCGGCCAGAAUACCUUGUAUCGCGAGUACCAGACGAACCCAGAAUGGAAGAAACGCGCCGAACAGAGGCGUCUUGCCGAUUGGAAGCACCGGAAGAAUUUCCAGGUCCCUGGGCCUAACUUCAUGUGGUCUCUUGAUGGGUACGAGAAGCUCAAGAACUUCGGCUUCUCCAUCUACGCCUGUAUCGACACGUACUCGAGAGCCAUCAUCUGGAUAUAUGUCGGCAGGGGGAAUAUGACUGCGCUCAGUUCACUCAAACAGUUUUUACGGACUGUGUCGUACUCAGGGGUCCGCCCCCUUUUCACCCGCUCGGAUCAUGGUAUCGAGACUCCUCUUUGGGCCGGAGCCCAGGCGAUUCUCGCCGACCUUGAUCAGACAGAGUUUCGGUAUACCACCGAGGAUAACGACCAACGAGUCCACAGGCAGGGAGCGAGACUGAGCUCCUGUCACAUCUGGGGCCCAAGCACAUCGAACCAACGGAUCGAGUCUUGGUGGGAAAAGCUACUCAAAGGUGUCAGUCAGCGCUGGAUCGCGUUCUCGCACGAGCUGAUUGAUAGCGGCCUCUUCCAAACAAAUCGUCUUGCUCACCAGAUCGCGGUAUAUGCUCUCUAUGGACCCAUGAUCCAUCAAGAGGUCGCAGACUUCACGGAGAUGUGGAACGGCCUUCGUAUCCGGCCACAGAGGAAUAGGGAGCAUCUUGUCGCCGGGAUCCCGAUGGAUCUGUACAACACGAGCCAGGUGGAGAACUGGGCAGUCCGUCUAGGGCCCGCGGCUCGAGAUGGGCUUGCCCAGAUGAUGGCCGCUGUCGAUUCUAUCGAUAUAGACGAUCUCCUUGACCCAAUAACCACGGAUUGGUGUGACCAACAGCUCCGGGAUCUUCAGUUUGAUGCUCAACUGGAUGGGGAGCUUGAUCAUAAUCGACCACACCUCGCGGUAUACCUACGGCUUAGAGACAAGAUUCAGGCCCAUCUCGGCUCUGGGGAAAGUCCAGCGCUAAGCACGCCAGAGAGUCCAGUUGGAGGGCAAGAGAGAUUCCUCUCGAGGGAGGUAGAACUGGGCUCAGAGAGGGGCUCAAGGAGGGCGAGUUGA